AUGGCCCUAACAACUUGUGGCUGCGCUACCAUCGGGGGUAAGGUAAUGGCAGCUAUGGAGCCGACCAUCUUUCCAGCGUCUGAAACUGGUGAGGAAAAUCAGAGUUCUAUAUCUGAUAUUCCAGGACGUCUGGAAACUAAAGGUAUCACCGAAGGUCUUGUUCCGUCUCACGAGGCUCAGUGUGAUGUAUUGUACGUAGCCUGGGCCAUCCUCCUCAGGUGCUUCACGGGACUCGAUAAUGUAUGUUUCGAAUUCCAGAGUGAGCACAAGAUCGCGGGUGAACCAGGUCGCUGCAGCACAGAUGGUCACACAUAUGCCAUGCAGGUGCAUGUUCUUGCCGAUCAGACUGUUCAGAGCCUGCUUGCCGGGAAGCAUGCUGCAGUGACUCUGGUACCGGAAAGUAAGGCCAAGACACAUUUCAACACAAACUUUUCCAUCUGUAGCUUGGAUGAGAAACGAGAUGGAAAUACCACUUUCUCUUCAUGGUGCGAAAUCCAAAUGCGCGUUGAUCCUGUCACCCUCAAAACGGUUCUAUCAUGGAACCCUAGCUUUAUGACACGAACGCAAGCGGAGAGCAUCAGCAACACUUACACCAAGAUCUUUGGAGAAAUUGUCGCACACCAGGAGAGAGUCAUUUCCACCCUCAAAUGCUGCAGCGAGUAUGAUGAGAGACAGAUCCUGGCGUGGAACGACUUUCCAAUGAGCCAUGUGCAGAGAUGUAUCCACCAAGCCAUCUCAGAACAGGGCACCAUACGUCCUGAUGCAGAGGCUGUCUGUGCUUGGGACGGCAGCCUCUCAUACUUGCAGCUCCUUUCCUUAUCAGAUCGGCUUGCAUCUCAUCUGCAGACAAUGGGUGUUGGUCGUGAAGUCUUUGUGCCUAUUUGCUUUGACAAGUCGAAGUGGACCGUCGUCGCCAUGCUAGCGAUCCUCAAGGCCGGUGGAAUAUUCGUCCCGUUUGACCCUACCCAGCCCUUACUACGCUUGCAAGCUCUGUCAAACAAGGUAGAAGCCAAGACUAUCCUGUGUUCCCCCCAACACCAGAAUAUGCUAGGGGGUUUAGUUCCUGAGCUGAUCCCCGUCGAUGCGCAGCUAUUCGAGAGAUUGGCUGAGCACAGCGAAGAGGUCUCCUGUGGAUCUUGGAACAACGGCGCCUACAUGAUCUUCACGUCUGGCACCACAGGAGAACCCAAGGGUGCUUUGAUACAGCAUGGCGCUCUUCUGUCAAGCGCCCUUACCCAUGGACCUGCUAUGAUGAUGGACAACAACACACGUUCACUUCAAUUUGCCGCAUCGACAUUUGAUGUGAGCAUUACUGAGAUCCUAACCUGCUUGAUCCUGGGAGGAUGUGUUUGUAUCCCCAAUGAGGAAGCCAGGUUAAAUGCUAUCGAGGAGGCUAUUGCCCAGCUUCAAGCUAACUGGGCGCUAUUGACACCAACAUUUGUCAAAUUCAUCAACCCCACCAAUGUCCCAUCUCUCAGGACUCUUGUCACAGGUGGAGAAGCCAUGACCCAAGCUGUCAUCCGGUCAUGGUCCCACAUCAAUCUUAUCAACUGCUAUGGACCUGCGGAAACUUCUGUUGUCUCGCAUGUCCAUCGUGGUAUGGUAGAGGGCAAGAACCCGUUGAACAUUGGCCAUCAGGUUGGUGUCCAUUGUUGGGUUGUUGACCGGUAUGAUCACGACCGUCUCAUGCCUAUUGGAGCGGUCGGCGAGCUGGUGAUUGAAGGCCAUACGCUUGCGCGAGAAUACUACAAAGAGCCGGAGAAGACCGACGAGGCUUUCAUUGUUGAUCCUGCUUGGACAGACCAUCAGUCACAACGUGAUAGGCCUCGGAGGAUGUACAAAACUGGCGACCUCGUCCGAUAUAACCAUGACGGCACUUUUCAUAUUGCCGGUCGCAAGGACGCUCAGAUCAAGUUUCAUGGUCAGCGCAUUGAGCUCGGCGAGAUCGAGCACCACAUCAACGUCAGCCUCAACAUCAAGCAUGGUAUGGUUGUUCUUCCCAAGAAAGGGUUCUGCGAAGGCAGACUCUUGGCUAUUGUCCAGCUCACCGAUGCUUCAUCCAAUGAUCUGGUACCAAAAGGUCAGGCUUACAAGCUGAUCGACGGUCCCCUCGCUAGUAUCGCGCUUAUCAAGGUUGAAGAGACAAAGGCAUUCCUCUCUGAGAGGCUACCUGCAUAUAUGGUUCCUUCUAUGUGGCUCCCACUCGAGUUCAUCCCUCGACUUCAAUCAGGAAAGCUUGACCGCAAGCAGACAGGACAGUGGGUUGAAGACAUGACAGAAGACUUCUACCGGCGGCUCAACCCAGUCGCUGUCAAUGGCAAUGCCAAAGCCCUGACAUUUUCGAACGAGACGGAGUCCGAGCUACACAACAUCUGGACUCACGUACUGAACCUUAAAUCAGAACAACUUGGCCUCAAUCAGUCUUUCCUGAGUGUCGGUGGCGACUCCAUCUCUGCUAUGCAAGUCAUGAGUGAGUGCAAGAAGCGCGGUCUGGGUCUGACCGUCUCCCACAUCAUCACUUGCAAGUCCAUCACUGAACUGGCACGACAAGUGAGGGAUAUCGAGAAGCCGACACUAUUAAAAGAGUGUGUGGACGUGCCCUUCGGACUCUCGCCCAUUCAGAAACUGUAUUUCUCGCGACCAAACCAUGAUCAGGGCCACUACAAUCAGAGUUUCCUGCUUCGUACGAGUCAGCAUAUUAUCGAAGCAGACUUGCGCAAGGCCAUGGAGAUCACCAUACGAAGGCACUCUAUGCUUCGUGCCAGGUUUAGUGGGGAUGCCGAUGGAAAUUGGUACCAGCGAGUAACUGACGAGGUUGUAACCUCUUAUCGGCUGCGUACAAUUGAAGUGGCAUCGGGCGAUGAGCUCAAACAUUCGCUCGCGGACAGUCAGACAUGUCUUGACGCUUCCAGUGGCCCGCUCAUCGCCGUUGACCUCAUCGACGAGAUUGGGGAGCAACAGCGUUUAUUUAUGGUCGCACAUCAUCUCGUUAUCGACCUCGUUUCCUGGAGAAUUAUUCUCCAGGAACUGGAGGAGUUGCUGUUACGACCUGAGGCUGUCCGUGAUAUCGAUCGUCCUUUACCUUUCCAAACCUGGUGUAAGAUGCAACAAGAUCAUGCUCUUGCACAGACACCGGAACAGGCCUUCCCCAUUUACGGUGUCCCUGAUGGCAACGCCAGCUACUGGGGCAUGGAAGAUGUACCCAAUACCUAUGGACAGAUGACUGGUAAAGGCUUCGAGAUUGGGCCUGCACAGACGUCUCUCAUAUUAUCCAAGUGUCACGAAGCCUUGCGGACUGAGAUCCCAGACGUUCUUAUGGCCGCUAUGAUCUUCUCAUUUGGUCAGACAUUCACCGACCGUUCCAUCCCGGCCAUCUUUGCUGAGGGCCACGGUAGAGAGGCGUGGGACCUUUCCACCGACUUGUCGAAUGUGGUCGGAUGGUUUACAACAAUCUACCCUGUCUUUGCAGGCUCUGAAGCAUCUUCUAGUCUUAUCGACACUAUCAAGAUGGUCAAGGAUGGCCGACGCAAGAUUCCUGCCAACGGAAGACCAUACUUUGCGAGCCGUUGGUUGACACAGGAGGGUGACAAGGCUUUCUCGCGUCACUGGCCAUUGGAGAUCACGUUUAACUACCUCGGUCAAUAUCAACAACUCGAGCGUGAGGGUGCCCUCUUUACUCCAGUCGGCGAUAUCGCUGGAGAGGUUAGGAGCGCUACCGACGGCGCCGAUGUCGGUCCAAUGACCACAUGCAUUUCACUGUUCGAAGUAUCUGCAGUCAUCAUCAAGGGUACGCUGCGAUUCUCAUUCUUAUUCAACCAAAACAUGAAAUACCAGCAAGAGAUUCGACAGUGGAUUACCUCGUGCCAACAGAGCCUUGGCCGCCUGAUCGAGUCACUGUCCGUUAUGGCCCCCGAGCCAACAUUAAGCGACUUUCCGCUUCUGUCUCUCACCUACGAUCGUCUUCGUCUGCUCAUGGAGGAGAUAUUACCCGAGGCCGGCAUUGACGACAUCAGUCGAGUGGAGGACGCAUACCCUUGCUCCCCGAUGCAAUCAGGCUUGUUGGUUAGCACGACAAAAGACAGCGCUACCUACGCUGCGUAUACAAUCCAUGAGGUCAGGACUAGGAGUGGUCUACCAGUGGAUGUGGCGAAGCUAGAAAGCGCUUGGCGGCGAAUGAUUGAGUACCAUCCCAUGCUGCGAACUAUCUUUGUAGAGAGCGUGACCCUUGAAGAUUCCCUUUAUGAUCAAGUGGUGUUGAGAGACGUUCAAGCUCCCCUCAUCGUGUCUGAAAGGGACACAGACGAAGAGGUAGUCCGCCACCUCGAUGUGCCACGAAACCACAAAGAUUACACUCCCCUGCUUCACGUCUUUGAGAUUUGCAAGUCCAAGACAGGCAAGGUCUUUUGCAAGCUUGAUAUCAGCCACAUUAUCAUGGACGGAACUUCGCUCUCCAUUCUCUUUCGCGACCUCUCCCUUGCGUACGCCGGCAUGCUUGGAUCGAACAAGGGUCCUUUGUACAGCCAUUAUGUGAGGUAUCUCCAGAACCAGAUAUCAGAACCAGGCAUCGAGUAUUGGAAGUCCUACCUGAUGGGUGUGGAGCCGUGUCACUUCCCCAUACUCGAUGACGGUGAAGUUGUGGAGACGAAGGAGCUGAGAAACUUCAGAGUCAAGUUUGACGAGUUGAAUCAGCUCCAGAGCUUGUGUGACAAGCGCGGUGUCACCAUUGUCAACGCCAUCUAUGCCGCAUGGGGGCUGGUGCUACGUCUUUACACCGCCUCAGAUGAAGUUUGUUUCGGUCAUCUUACCUCUGCGCGCGACUUGUCGAUCGACGGUAUCAGCGACGUCAUCGGACCUGUUAUCAACAUGGUGACCUGCCGUGUUAACAUCGGUGCUUCGACAACUCUUGGCGGCGUGGUGGCGCUCGUGCAAAAGGACUUCCUGGACAGCCUGGACUAUCGUCACACUCCCCUUGCCCAAGUCCAACACGCCUUGCAGCUUUCUGACACGGCUUUGUUCAACACAGCGCUGUCGUACAGAAAACUGCCACCCGUACCGCAGAACCCUCCAGACAUUGUGUUCGAGGAAGUUCGUCCCACAUACGAUCCUGAUGAGUACAAUGUGUCCGUCAAUAUCGAAGCCGAUGAACAUGACAUGGCUGUUGACUUGAUGUAUUGGUCUGAUACUAUGUCAGACGCUCAAGCUACGAAUGUUGCGCACGCUUUUACUACGGCGCUCAGCAACAUCUUGCACCACGCUGAUCGGCCUGUUUCUCAGCUCGACCAUCUCGGUCCAUAUCACCUCCAACAAAUCUCACAGUGGAAUGAACACAUGCCCGAAGCGGUUGAGAGAUGUGUGCACGACCUGUUCCAUCAGCAGGUGAAGUUGCGUCCCAAUGCCCAGGCUAUUGCCUCAUGGGACAUGGAACUCUCCUAUGCUGAGCUAGACGAGGCAUCGACUAACCUUGCUCAUCACAUUGCUACCCUAGGUGUUGACAUUGAGACCUUUGUACUCGUUUGCUUUGACAAGUCAGCCUUUACGAUUAUCGCUAUGUUGGCGAUCCUCAAGGCUGGCGGAGCGUGCGUUCCCCUAGACCCAGCUCAUCCUGAUGCUGCUAUCAGACUACGUGCUAAGGACACGCGUGCUCCUGUCGCACUCGUUCCCCCCGAGAUGGCGUCUCGCUUUAGAACGAUAGUCGAUACAACAGUUGUCGUGGAUAAGUCUCUCCUCGAGACCACCUCACAACACACCCCUCUUCCUCAGGUCAAGCCUCACAAUGCAUGCUUCGUCAUCUAUACCUCUGGAAGCACUGGCCGUCCCAAGGGUGUGGUACUAGAGCAUAGAGGUCUUGCUACCAAUGCCACGUGCUCCGGUCCCAAACUUGGCUACAGCGAAAGUUCGCGAGUACUUCAAUUCGCCUCCUACACAUUCGAUAACAGUCUUGCUGAGAUCUUCAGUACGCUUACUCUUGGAGGCUGCGUCUGCGUGCCAUCAGAACACGAGAGGUUCCAUGACUUGGCCGGGGCUAUCAACCGUUAUCAUGUGACAAUGGUUGACAUCACUCCAACUGUUGCUUGUCUACUCAACCCUGCCGAUGUCCCGACGUUGAAGACUUUGGCUCUGGGUGGCGAGGCUGUUACUCAGAAGUGUGUUAGUAUAUGGCGCGACUCUGUGUCUCUGCAGUGUUGCUAUGGACCAUCGGAGUGCUCCGUCAAUUCAACAUACUCUGGUGAAAUUGCUCAGCCGGGCAAGGCUACCAACAUUGGACGUGCCGUCGGCUGUGUCACUUGGGUGGUAGAGCCUACUGAUCAUGACCGCUUAGUUCCCAUUGGUUGUGUGGGGGAGCUUCUCAUCGAUGGUCCCAUUGUCUCUCGUGGCUACCUCAAUCUACCGGAGAAGAUGGCCGAGGCAUUUGUUCCUCCACCUACCUUCUUGCAGGAGAUGCUCCCAACUAGGGAUAAUGGACGUAAGCUCUACAAGACUGGCGACCUGGUGCGCUACAACUCUGACGGUACAAUUACGUACCUUGGACGCAAAGACACCCAGGUAAAGCUCCACGGCCAACGCAUUGAACUUGAGGAGAUCGAGUAUCAUAUCGAGGCCAGCCUGCCGCAAGGCUGGGACUCUGCUGUCGAGCUUGCCGCCCUCGAAUCCAGGAAAGCACUGGCAUGUUUCAUUUGUGCCGACGCAAAUGUCUCCCACCAAGAUGGUAGCGAGGAGAGCACCAUGCUUCCUAUGGAUGAUGUACUUAGGACGCGGGCCAAGGACAUUGAGACCUUGCUUUUGAACGCUAUUCCUUCGUAUAUGAUUCCAUCAGUCUGGUUUCCUGUGUCUAAGAUGCCCAUGACCUCAUCAGGGAAACUGAACCGUCGCGCUCUCCGAUCGCUAGCACAAGCUGUUCCGACAGCGCUCAUCAGCUCUUACAAUCUGGUUGCAAAGAGUGGCCGAGCUCCGAGUAGCGACAUGGAGAAGCAGCUGGCUGCCAUGUGGGCCAAGGUGCUAAACAUCGAUGUAAGCUCUAUUGGAGUCGAUGAUCACUUCUUUAGACUUGGCGGUGACUCUAUCGCAGCGAUGCAGUUGGUAACGUUGGCAAAAAAGUCAAAUAUCAAUCUCACUGUCACUCGAAUCUUUCAGAUGGUUUCGCUUCUGGACAUGGCCCAGUCAGCCUUACCCCUGUCUCGAGCUGCGGUCACAAUUGUUCGCCCAUUUUCAUUGUUGUCCCAAGCGGCUUCACUGGAAGCAGUGCAACGCGAAGUUGCUGCCGCUACUCAGGUUGAUGUCGGUGCGAUCGAAGAUAUCUAUCCUUGUACUGCCAUCCAAGAGGGCCUCAUGGCGCUGUCAUCUGAGAAUCCGGGGUCCUACGUCGCUCAGUUUGUUUUCCGUCUCCCUGAUGGUAUAGAAAUUGAGAGCUUCAAGAUGGCUUGGCAGCUCGUGGUUCAGGCUGAGCCAAUUCUACGGACCAGGCUCGUCCAGACAACCUGCACUGGCGUUUCAAACGUGGUGAUGGUUGACGACGCUCCCCAAUGGUCCACCCUUGAGAGCCUCUCGCAUGCGGAAGAGGCCCGGCGUCAGAUUCCACUUCACAAUGGUGCACGGUUAACCAACUAUUGUCUCAUCGAGGAUCAUUCCCAACUCUUGUUCGUCUGGACUAUUCACCAUACCCUCUACGACGGUUGGUGUCUUCCUCUCAUUCUUGACAAGGUCAAGCAAUGCUAUCGGAACCUCCAAACCGCGGCUCGGCCACCCAAUCUAAGCGGUCCGAAGUACUCGACCUUCAUCCGAUAUCUCACUGAGGUUGACGCCGACCAAGACAACAAGUUCUGGACGUCUUACCUCUCCAACAUCUCUACACAGCAUUUUCCUCGCCUUCCUUCCCUCGACUACAAACCAAGCGCAAGUGGUCUUAUUAUAACCAAGAAUGCGUUCAAACCUAAGUCAUCGGGAUUAGGUAUUACCUCAGCUACGAUGAUCCGCGCAGCCUGGGCAGUGACGGUGUCUACCUACUCAGCAACAUGUGAUGUUGUUUUCUGGGAGACCGUGACGGGCCGUGACGCUCCCGUUGAUGGAAUUGAGGACAUGGUCGGUGCGACAUUGGCCACUGUCCCAACCCGUGUGAAGCUUGAUCCUUCACAAACGGUCGCCAGCCUUCUCGACACUGUCCAAUCCGAAUCCGCUGCGGUCAGAAUGCAUCAGUUUGCAGGCAUCCAUCGCAUCAGUCGUAUCAACUCUGAUACAGCUUUUGCUUGUGCCGCGCAGAAUCUUUUGACCAUCAACUACGGCCCACGACAGUCGAUAGAUUCCUUCUGGUGCGAAGAGUCCAAUGAGAUGGCCGGUACCAACUUUUACUCUUAUGCUCUUAUGCUCUCGUGCCACAUUGCGGAUGGCGAGCUUGAGACUGUUGUUCACUUCGAUCCGAAUGUCGUGUCUGAGUCACAGACGCAACGCAUCAUGGAUCACUUCGCGACGAUAUUGACAGCCAUCCAAUUUUCGGAACUUGGGAAGGAAAGGGUUGGUGAUCUUGAGACGAUCAGUGCUCUGGAUUACCAGGUGCUCUCUGAGAUGAGUCGGCUGGCACCGCCUGCUAUCGAGAGGCUGGUGCACGACCUUAUCAGGGAAACUGGAGAAGCGCAACCACUGGACAAGCUGGCUGUCUGCGCAUGGGACCAGACCCUCACUUACUCGGAGCUAGAUUUCCAGUCUACGUGUCUUGCAUCCAUCCUGAUUGAAGUUGGCGUUGGCGCCAAUUCCUUCGUUCCCUUCUGCAUGGAGAAGUCAUCUUUGGUCGCUGUGACCAUGCUGGGCAUCCUCAAGGCAGGUGCUGCUUUUGUGCCAUUGGACUAUGCUCAUCCCGACGCCCGUAUCAGUGGAAUUCUUGAAGAUGUCGAGGCUACCAUUAUCCUGUCUUCGCCCCAGUACGACGAGCGAUUGACGAGGCUGGGAGCGAACGUCCUGGCUAUCUCAUCUACCUUGAUGCAGGGCUCCUCGCCAUAUGAACAUCAUGCUGUCAGGUUGUCUGCCAACUGUCCAUCCUACUGCAUCUUCACGUCCGGUACGACCGGCAAGCCAAAAGGCACCAUCAUUAGUCACUCCGCCUUCUGCACUGGAGCGACUGCACAUGGGUCAGCUAUGGGUAUGAACGAGUCAUCUCGGGUUUUGCAGUUUGCCUCACAUACUUUCGAUGCGAGUAUCAUGGAGACUCUCAGUACUCUAAUCCACGGCGGAACUGUAUGUGUGCCUUCCGAAGAUGAACGUAUGCACGACGUCGUGGGGGCCAUUAAUCGUAUGGACGUUAACUGGGCUCUGUUGACACCUUCCGUCGCCCAGUUGAUUGAGCCGUCUCUCGUUCCUAAACUCAAGACAUUGGCACUUGGUGGGGAGGCUAUGUCCCGCUCGCAUAUCUCCACUUGGGCACCAUAUGUCCAGUUGAUAAAUGCCUAUGGACCCAGCGAGACUUCUGUUGUCGCUACCGUCAAUCCCAGAGUUACGCUUACCUCUAGCCCUUCCAACAUUGGCAGUGCUGUAGGAGGUGUCUGCUGGAUUAUCGAUCUUACCAAUCACAAUAAACUGGUACCUGUCGGCGUUGUCGGCGAGCUGGUGGUAGAAGGCCCAAUUCUUGCACAAGGGUAUCUCAAGAACCCUGAGAAGACCGCCGAGUCUUUCAUCAUCAACCCGCCAUGGUGUAAUUGGUUUUCCAGCAAGACCUCCGACAACGACCGCCGAUUUUACAAGACUGGAGACUUGGCCAAGCUGGAGGACGACGGAUCUAUCGAGUUCCAAGGAAGGAAGGAUAAUCAAGUCAAGAUCAAUGGUCAAAGACUUGAGUUGUCCGAGAUUGAGCAUCACUUGAGCGUUGACUCCGCCAUUCGAACCUCUAUAGCAUUCAUCCCGAGUUCUGGGCCCUUCAAGAGCCGUCUCGUUGCUAUUCUGUCGCUUCAGUCCUCCUCAGUCGCCAACGGGGAGAUCACAGCAGACGAGGAGAUGCGACUUGUCGACUUUGAGCCAUCUCAUCUGAACAGCAUCCGUGAUGCCCUUAUGGGAAAUCUGGCCUCUUAUAUGAUCCCGUCUAUUUGGAUCGUCGUCAACCACAUUCCUCUCCUGCCUUCUGGCAAGCUUGAUCGCCGACAAACGUCCAAGUGGGUCGAGUCGAUGUCAACUGAGCAACACCAAAAGGUUCUAAGCGCUCAAGACCAGGACCAGACAUCGGGUCUCAUUCUAGACCGUGACGCGACAAGCACCGAGACCAGGCUUAGAGCUGCCUGGGCCAGGGUCUUCGGCAUGACUGUCGACAACGUGCCAUUUACGCGCUCAUUUAUCCGAUUAGGAGGCGACUCAAUCUCAGCGAUGCAGCUUAUGGCCUUUUGUAGGAGUUCCAACAUGGCUGUUUCCGUCAGUCAGAUCAUGCGAAGCAAGUCUAUCGUCGACCUUGCGUUGUCUGUCUCAACUGUGGAUGAUCUUACACAGGCUGACGAAGAAGAGGAUAGACCUUUCCCACUUUCGCCUAUACAGAUAGUCAUGUUUCUGGAGACCGGACGCAGCAUCACAUCAGGGGAACUGUCGACUGCUUUGGAGGCUAUCAUCAAGACGCACAGCAUGUUGCGUGCUCGUUUCUCAUGUGUCGAUGGUGUGCACUCUCAAUGUGUUACGUCCGAUAUUCUUGGCUCAUACAUUCUUCAAUCGGAUGUGGGUGUUGAUGAGUCCCGCGCCUCUCGCUUGAUUGAAGAAAGCCAGAAGAGUUUGAAUAUCUUCCAAGGACCACUCCUCGCCGCAAACAUCAUCGAGAUGGGUAAUCCUGCCAAGCAAGUUGUCUUCCUUGCCAUUCACCAUCUCGUGAUCGAUGUUGUCUCUUGGAACAUCAUCCUGCAGGAUCUGGAAACAUUGCUAUCAUCACCCACCUCAAGGCUACAGAAGCCCCUCCCUUUCCAGACUUGGAACUCUCAACAACUGGAGGAGGCUUGCAACAAUACAAUGAGAAAUGUGUUCCACGACAUACCCCCGCCUUCUCAAGAUCUAUCAUACUGGGGAAUGCAGUCCGUACCCAAUGUCCAUGGCGAUGCAGUCACCGAGACUGUAGAUAUGCCUGCCAACGAGCUAUUGGGCUCCUACCACGAGAUGCUCGACACCGAUGUCGUUGACGUCUUGCUUGCCUCUCUACUCGCCUCGUUCCGUGAAAACUUUUCUGACCGGUCUUUUACGCCGUCCAUCCUCAACGAGGGUCACGGUCGAGAGCCGCUGGACGAUAGGCUAGACCUUUCACGCACCGUUGGUUGGUUCACCACCCUUUGUCCCAUCUACCUACCCGGUACCAUGCCUGAAGAACCUGAUCUGCUUGACAUGGUAUGCUGGGUACGCGACUUCAGACGAAAGGUUCCUGGUAAAGGUCGCCCUUACUUUGCGUUUCAAAUGCUAUCGGAUGCGGCUGAGACCCUAGAGUGGCCCGUCGAACUGGUUUUCAACUUCCUUGGUCAAAAACAAAAGACCGAAUCUGAAGGCGCCGUACUGAAGCCAGCUGGCAGCAUGUUCAAUCUGGCCAUUUCGGAUACAGACAUUGGAGCCGAUGUGCCACGUCUUGCACUCCUCGAGAUCACUGCUUCCCUGUGUGGUAGUACUCUGAACUUCAGCUUUACCUUCAAUCGUCACAUGAAGCGUCAAUCUGGUAUCCUGAACUGGAUCGGCUCUUUGUCCCAGUCUAUCCAAAGGGUUGUCAAAAGGCUUUCUGUAUCCAGUAUUGAACAGCAGCAUCCCGAUAUUUCCCUUCUUCCGUUGGUGUUUGCUGGUCCAACAAGAAUCGAGAAACGACUUGCCGAAGUCGGCAUCUCGUUCAGUGCCGAGAUCGAGGCCGCCUAUCCAUGCUCCCCAGUCCAGCAAGGUAUCGUCUUGGCUCAGAUCAGAAGCCCAGAGUAUUAUUCCUACUCUGUCUCAUUUGCAGUGAAUUCUACUCAACCUGGUCAUGUAGUGGACGUCCAGCUGCUGGUAGAUGCCUGGCAGCGUGUCGUCCAACGCCAUUCUACUCUGCGGACGAUCUUCGUUGACGGUAUUUUGGAGGAGGGCAUCAUCAACCAGGUUGUACUACGCGAAUAUCUUGUCGCCGUUUCUGUCUUAGAGUGCUCCGAAGAUGAACGAAUUCAGAAGAUUUCGGAUCGCCCUUCACUACCUGUCAUGAGCAACACACCGCCACACCAUCUUACAGUUUUCAAGACUGAUGACAAGGUCACUUGUGUUCUCGAGAUGAGCCACGCCAUAUCCGACGGAACCUCUAUGCCAAUUUUGUUCCAUGACUUGGCACUGGCGUACCAGAAGUCGCUUCCUUCCACAACCAUCUCCACGUACAGGGAUUAUGUGUCUCACCUACAAGGCCAAGCUUCUCAUGAUAUCAAGUACUGGCAAGACUACCUGAGUGGAGCUGAGCUAUGCCACUUGCGUUUACUCUCUGAAACGGCACAGUCCAAGAUCUUGCGAUCUCUUGACCAGCGUAUCUCCCACGCAGAAGCUCUACAAACGUUCUGUGCCGAGAGAAGCGUAACGCUUUCCACCGUUCUCCAGCUUACCUGGGCCCUGGUUCUGCAAGCUUAUACGGGCCUGGAUGACGUGUGCUUUGGAUAUCUUGUUGCGGAGAGAGAUGUCCCGGUUCCUGACAUCGAAAACGCAAUCGGCGUCUUUAUCAGCAUGCUGGUCUGCAGGGUCCGUUUCUCUCCAGCCUCAACCAUCGGAGACGUGCUUUGGGCUGUACAACACGAUCUCAGUGCGGCUAUGGGCCACAAGAAUAUUUCACUCGCCGACAUCCAACGCAUGACUGGGUUAGCGAAUGAACCACUUUUCAACACUGCCUACUCGUUCCAGCGUCGAUCUGUCAGCAAGUCAAUGGCGACUGGGCCUCUAUCAUUCGACGUAAGCGAUGCGCAGGAUCCGAAUGAGUACGACUUGACCGUCAACGUCGAGGUCUGGGACUCUACUGCGGAGGUACAGCUGUGUUACUGGUCAGACAAGGUAUCUGAUUCACAAGCUGAGAAUAUCGCAUCCACCUUCGACCAGAUCUUGACUUCGAUCAUCUCACCCGAUGCCGUUCUCCCAACACACCAGCUCAACAUUCUCAGCGACCAUUGCGCACAGCAGUUGAUCUCGUGGAACGAAUUCGAACCAGAGCUCUUCAACCACUGCGUGCACCAGGUCUUUGAGCACAAUGCCCAUCAUCUUUUCAACGAUUCACCGGCCAUUGAAGCUUGGGAUGCCAGGUUCACUUACUGUGAGGUCGAUGCAAUUGCUUCUCAGCUUGCUCAGCACUUGGUAUCUCUCGGUGUCACACGCGAGACGUACAUCCCUCUGUGCUUCGAGAAAUCGGCUUGGGCACCCACCACCAUGCUUGCAGUCCUCAAGGCUGGCGCUGCUUUUGUUCCAGUCGAUCCCAGCCACCCUUCGGAGCGAAUCAAGUUUCUCGUCCAGAGUAUCGAUGCUAAGCUCAUUCUCUGUUCACCGUCCCUCGUGGACAGGUUUGCAGCUAUGAACAUCCCAAUUUUUGCCGUUAGCCACCAGUCGGUCUCUUCACUAUCCACCUCACCGAUCCUGCCUCCAGUGGAAGUUCAACCACGCGAUGCUGCAUAUAUAAUCUUCACGUCAGGAACGACUGGUUCACCCAAGGGUACAAUCAUCGAGCAUGCCGCAUUCACUACCGGUGGUAUUUCUCAUGCACGAGCCAUCCAUAUGACCUCUUCCUCUCGUGUUCUCCAAUUCGCAUCACACACUUUUGAUGCCAGCAUCAUGGAGAUCCUGACCACCUUCCUCGUCGGUGGCUGUGUUUGCAUUCCCUCCGAUGAGGAGCGCAUGAAUGACUUGGCUGGUGCGAUCGCCAAGUAUAACGUCAAUUGGGCCUUGCUCACACCAUCUGUGGCAAAUGUACUCAAACCAGGUAGCGUUCCGAGCCUCAAGGUUCUCGUUACUGGUGGUGAAGCAAUGUCUAGAGACCACAUCGCCAAGUGGUCAAGUCACGCUGCUCUUAUCAACGCCUACGGGCCUAGUGAGGCUUCGGUCAUCGCUGCAGCGCACACCAAAGUCGAUCAGCAUGGCACCGUAGUAGACCGAGAGCCCACUACUAUCGGACACGCCGUCGGUUGUCGUUCUUGGGUUGUCGACCCACGCAAUCACAACCGUCUUAUGCCGAUCGGAAGCACUGGUGAGCUUGUCAUCGAAGGGCCCAUCGUUGCAAGAGGAUACCUGAGCAACGAAACCAAGACUAGGGAGGUAUUCAUUGACCGCCCAUCGUGGCGUUCGAAAACCAGGCUUUCUGGUAACCGGGUGGAUAGGAUGUACAAAACCGGUGAUCUAGUCGCGUAUAAUUCUGACGGUUCGUUGAACUAUGUGUCGCGCAAGGAUACACAGAUAAAACUCAACGGACAACGGGUUGAGCUUGGUGAGAUCGAAUAUCACGUCAAGGUCUACUUGCCUGCUCAUAUCCAAUCCGCUGUGGAGCUGGUCGUGCCUCAGAGUAAGACAUCGACCAAGGCGCUGGCUAUGUUCUUUACCAGCAAUGAGCCUGUUGAAGCUGAGCUGGCCAAUCUUCUCCUACCUAUGUCAUCCACUGCCACGGAAAUGUGCCACUCACUGAAAACAGCUCUCAGCGCGACUCUCCCGUCACACAUGGUGCCAACCAUUUACAUCCCAGUGAUCAGGAUGCCUUGGACCUUGGCGGGCAAGUUAGACCGUCAAAAGCUCAAAGCCAUUGCCCAGUCCAUUCCUUCUCAACAGAUGGGUAACUACAAGCUUGCUGGCCCGAGCAAGAGCCGAGCUCCAACUACCUUUAUGCAACGCAAGCUACAGAAGGUCUGGAGCAAAGUCCUGAACAUGGCUCCGGACAGUAUCAGCAGGGAUGACAGCUUUUUCAGGCUGGGUGGUGAUUCCGUCGGUGCCAUGAAGGUUGUUGCCGCCGCGAGGAUGGAGUGUGUUGCCCUCAGCGUUAUGGACAUCUUCAAUACUCCCAUUUUAUCAGAGCUGGCUACCUGUUGCGAACAGUCCCAACAAGCUGCCAUCGCCUACAUUGAGCCCUUCUCAUUGUUGAAGGACGUUGUUUCUCCCUCCCUCCUCCUUGAAGAGGUCGCCAGAUACUGUGGUAUCCAGCCCAGUCAGGUACAAGAUUUGUACCCGUGCAGCUCCCUUCAAGAAGGUCUCGUGGCUUCAUCUAUGCAGAAGCCUGGUGCAUAUGUUGCCCGCUACGUCUUCAAGGUGCCGCCUAGCAUUGACAUUGAGCGUUUCAAGGUGGCAUGGAAGAGGACUAUUGAUCACGUCGACAUUUUAAGGUCGCGUAUCGUAAGCACUCAAUCUUUGAAGUCCUACCAAGUUAUUCUUGCACCACAUGAGAUCAAUUGGGAGUACUAUAGCAGCCUUCAGGCUAGCGCCCACACAAGCCCUAUCCCCGAUCGCAAUGGCGGUGUACUAUCUCGCAAUGCCAUUGUCCACUCUUCCAGUCCUGACAUGCGCUACUUCGUGUGGACGGUGCACCACGCCCUAUACGACGCUUGGAGUAUGCCCUCCAUCCUCAAAUUAUUCUCCAAUCUCUACCAGGGAGAGACUCGCCUGACACCAGUUGUUCCCUACGUCAACUUCGCCAAGUACUUGACCGACGUUGAUGGUCAGUCCUCAGACGAGUUCUGGAAGGCCAGAUUCCAGUCGGCCUCUCUCGUGUCUCACUUCCCAACUACCACUGCUACCGACGAGGAACCUUCGCAUGCCUCGUUGGGUCAUACAGUACAGUACAGCAAGGAAGCUCUAGGUAUUGAUAUCACCAUCCCAACCAUCGUUCGCGCAGCUUGGGCGCUGCUUCUGGCGACCCAAACUGGCUCCGAUGAUGUCGGCUUUGGUGAGACAUUAUCCGGCCGCGAUAUUGCUUUAGACCAUGUGGAGGAUAUCCUCGGCCCAACACUUACCACAAUACCUUGGAGAGUCCAGAUUGAUCGAGGUGCUACAGUUAGUCACUUCCUGAGCACUCUUCACAAGCAUGUGGCUCAGGUCAUCCCCCAUCAGCAUUCCGGCCUUCAGCACAUUAAACGUCUAGGGGCUUCGAUCGCGGUUGCUUCCGACUUCAGGAAUUUGCUUGUCAUUCAGUCCAGCGACGACACAGCGAACGACCAAGGAUUGUUGCAGCCACUUGAAGAACAAGUGGAGCACAAAACCUUCUUCACUUACCCAUUGGUUGUCGAAUGCUCUAUUGAGGCAAACAACCUGGUUUUGACGAUCCAUCACGAUGAGACCGUCUUGACGAGCUGGCAGACAGAGCGUAUAGCUCACCAAUUUGGUGCUCUUGUCAAUCAGCUUAUUUCUCUUUCACGGGAACCUGAUCGUGCAUUGUCCGCUAUUCAACUACACAGUGACGAGGAUGUCCAAAUGGUCAAAGGAUGGAACAACCAGUCACACACUACCUCCCAUGACAAUAUGUCCAGCUUGUUCUUGCAAACUGCAACCACUUAUCCCGACGCACCCGGUAUCCGCGCUUGGGAUGGUGAUCUCAACUAUGAGUCUCUCGCACAAUACUCUGCGCAGCUCGCCAAGCACCUCAUACAACAGGGUGUAGGAGCUGAGGUCAUGGUACCUUGCUGCAUGGACAAGUCUCUCUGGACAUCAGUUGCCAUGCUCGCUGUCAUUCUUGCAGGCGGAGCCAUCGUUCCCUUGGACCCCGCUCAUCCUCCCGCUCGCCAUGCAGAGAUCACCCGCGAAUGCAAUUCCCGUGUCGUAUUAUGUUCCCCGCAGUAUGCGGACCGCUUCGACGGCGUCGUUGACACUGUAAUCAAUGUCGACAAAAGCUUGUCCAACACCCAUGAACGUGUCGCACUGCAAGACCUUCCGACUGUGUCAAGAUACGAUGCCGCUUUUGUCAUAUACACUUCUGGCAGUACCGGAAAGGCCAAGGGCGUUAUGAUUGAACAUGGCUCAUUUAUCGCAAGCCUGAGAGCCUACACACAACGCACGCAUCUUACGUCAACUUCGAGAGUGUUCCACUUUACAUCUUACGCCUUCGACGUUGCCAUGGGAGAGACGUUCGGUGCAUUUACCACUGGUGCUUGUCUCUGCGUUCCUAGCGAGGAGAUGAGGAUGACCGACUUAGCAGGCGCGAUGAACUCACUCAACGCUACAUGGGCCUUCCUGACACCUUCACUUGCGAACAUGCAAGAUCCAUACGCCUUCACAACACUCCAGACGCUUGUCUGCGGAGGUGAGGCCCUGUCGGCUGAGACUAUUGCCAAGUGGGCAGAUACCGUUGAGUUGAUAAAUGGUUAUGGGCCUGCUGAGUGUACUGUUUUCGCCGUUGCCAACGCCAAUGUCUCUGCCGAUAAGGAUCACACCAACAUUGGUCGAGCGUUGGACGGUUGCCACACUUGGAUUGUCGAUCCUAGGGACCACAAUCGUCUUCUUCCUGUAGGCUGUGAAGGCGAGUUGCUCAUCAGCGGGCCUAUUGUUUCUCGCGGCUACCUCAAUGACGAACGCAAGACCGCACAAGCAUUCAUCAACAACCCGGUUUGGAUGUCCGCCUUUACUGAGAAGCCUGUUCGUCUAUACAAGACAGGCGACUUGGUCAGGUACUGCCAAAAUGGAAGCUUGGUAUACGUCGGUCGCAAGGACAACCAGGUCAAGCUCCACGGUCAGCGCAUGGAGCUCGGCGAGAUCGAAGCCUGCCUUGAGACGCAUGCAGACCUUCGCAAUGCUCUUGUUGCACUGCCGAAAUCUGGUAUCUUCAAGGGUCGACUCGUGGCCAUAGUCUCUUUCAAGGACUUCGAGUCCGAGAAUCCUGGCCUUGCAACUUCGCAGUUCACUCCGGUUUCCGCCUCUGAAAUGGAAGCUGCUCGCCUGCAUGUUUCUACCCUACAACACACUUUAUCGGAGAAUCUGCCGCCUUACAUGAUGCCCUCUUCGUGGCUUGUGGUUAGCGCUAUUCCUUUGUUACUAUCUGGCAAGCUUGAUAGGGUCAGUUGCCAGACCUGGCUUGCCGAUAUGGAUGCAGAGAUGCCCGAGUUUCUGGUUGACGGUGGGCCCAGCGAGGAUGUUGUUGUGUCUGACACCACGGAGAUUGGACGUCUCCUUCAGCGAAUCUGGUCUUCAGUUCUUCGCAUUCCAGAGGACAAGACACCUACCAACCGCUCUUUUAUUUCCCUCGGUGGUGACUCCAUUAUGGCCAUGCAAAUCAUGUCUCGCUGCCGCGACCACUCCAUCAAAUUGACCAUGCGAGACAUCAUGAGCGGCCGCCCCAUUACCGAAUUGGUUUCUAUUCUCGAGAAAGAAGACCGGCCUACACAGACCACCAUACCGGAUGACGAGGAUAAUAAUGACCAACCAUUCGGACUGUCACCGAUCCAGCAGCUCUUCUUCAACAACAGCUCAAACAAGGACCGUGGAGACCGCUUCAACCAGAGCCAGCUCUUUUCUAUGCACGGUUCCAUCGAUACAUCCAGGUUUGCACAAGCCAUUCGUGCUCUUGUGCAAAGACAUCCUAUGCUUCGCGCUCGUUUCAGUAAAUCCAUCGAUGGACAAUGGACACAACAGAUUGCCCCCGACAGCGAAAGUGCCUACUCACUGCACUUCCACAAUGUCAGCGCCACAUCCGAGUUGGUCGACGUCAUCGCUUCCAGUCAAGAGAGCAUUGAUAUUUCCGGUCCCAUUUUUAUCGUCGACCACUUCAUCAUGCCUGACACUCCUCCAACAGUGUCGCUGAUAGCCCACCAUCUCGUCGUUGACGUUGUGUCCUGGAUCAACAUUGCUCAAGAUCUGGAGACAUUACUCUCGUCCUCGCUCCCUCCAUCACCUAAGCCGCUCUCAUUCCGACGAUGGAAUGUUGCGCAGGUCGAGCACGCCAAGUCACUUGAAAGAAAGGGUGAACGAUUCCUUCCAUUUACUGUACAACCCGCAGAUCUGAACUUUUGGGGUAUAUCCAAGGUUCUCAACACCUAUUCCCAAGUCACUCAGCAAUCAUUUUCCCUUUCCGAUACCAACAUUCUUUCCAUGCUAUUAACCGAUUCCCACGCAGCCCUCAGGACUGAACCUCUCGAUCUCUUCAUCUCAUCCUUGCUCCAAUCAUUUGGACAGUGUUUCCCAGACAGAGACCUCCCAACGUUGUUCAACGAAGGCCACGGUCGCGAACCAUGGGACGACAGCAUUGAUCUUUCUGAAACUGUUGGAUGGUUCACUUCCCUUUGUCCUAUCCAUUUAUCGCGACAGAACGUUGAGCAUUCUGGAACUAUCGACUAUGUUCGCAAGGUCAAGGACUUGCGACGUAGCAUUCCCAGCAACGGUCGUCCGUACUUUGCUCAGCGCUACCUUACCGAGUCUGGAAGGCUCCAUCUCGACACACAUGAACCCAUGGAGAUCUUAUUGAACUUCCUCGGCCGCUCUCAACAGAGUGGUGAGGAAGAUACUAUCUUGCGCUCUUCGAACUUGCCAUUGAGCGAGGAGGAUCUUCAGGUGAUGUCAGAUAUCGGACCCGAUACUCAACGCAUGGCUCUUUUUGAGAUCUCCAUCAGUAUCCUUGAUGAGGGCAUCCAAUUCAUCUUCAUGUACAACAAGCACAUGCUUCGUCAAAACCUCAUUCAGAAAUGGAUUGCCACGUGCAAGGACGUUGUUACCAACAUGGCAAGGGAGCUCAGCGCAGUUCCAUCCUUCCCUACCCUCAGCGACUUCCCUCUUAUGCCCUUAGACUACGCCGGGCUCCAAGAUAUAGUUGACAAGUCUCUACCUGCCGCUCAUCUUCGUUACGAUGAAGUAGAGGACAUUUAUCCAUGCUCGCCAAUGCAGGAGGGUAUCUUGCUAAGCCAACUACUUGAUCCUUCCCAUUACCUGUUCCACACCGUACUCGAAGUAUCCUCUCCAACUAGCGUAUAUAUCGACGCUUCACAGUUGGCUUUGGCCUGCUCAGCGGUCGUUGAACGUCACGCCGCACUACGCACCAUCUUCAUCGAAAGUGUUCACGGUAGUGGCUCAUUUGAUCAAGUUGUUACACGUCCCCGCAAAGCUCGUAUCAGCACGAUCAAGUGUCGUGAGAUCGAUGUCAUGGCAAAGCUGAACGCAAGAUCGCUGGCCAAGACUAACAAGAAACAUGGGCAGCCCAUUCUUCCAUAUCAGAUCACCAUUUGCGCAACACCACAGGGCAAGGUCUUCAUGAAGGUUGAGAUGAACCACGCUGUCACAGAUGGUGCUUCUACGGCUGUUAUCCUCCGCGACAUCUCAGACGCUUACAGCAACUGCUUAUCGACCACAAAAGCUCCCCCCUACAAAGAGUACAUCAAGUAUAUCCUCAGCCAGUCACCUGAUGCGACUCUCGUUUACUGGAAGACCUAUCUCUCUGGUGCUUACUUCACCGAGUUUCCAACCAUGAACUCAGAUCGUAUGUUAAUUAAAAACCUCGGCUCCAUUACCGUCGACUUUGAGCGAUUCGCCGAACUCCAUUCUCUAGGUUUGGAGCUGGGUGUGACAUUCUCCAACAUUAUUAUGGUCGCAUGGGCACUUGUUCUGCGGAAAUACACUAAUUCGCAAGAUGUUUGCUUUGGAUACUUGGCCUCCGGUCGCGACGCUCGUAUUGAUGGCGUGGCUGAUAUCGUUGGACCUUUGAUCAACAUGCUCGUGUUCCGCUUCCAAUUCACACACGGCAUGCUUCUCAAGCAAGUUCUUCUCGACGCCCAAGAAGAUUACGUCAACAGUCUUCCAUAUCAGCAUUUCUCUCUCGCCCGUGUUACUCAUGCACUGGGACAAUCGAAACAUGGCUUCUUUAACACAGCUGUGUCCAUUCAAAACGCAGGUACAUCAGAAGACUCAAAUCUAGGUGGCCUUCAAUACGAAUCGAUGGAGGCGUUUGACCCGAGUGAAUACGCGGUCACACUCAACGCAAAUACCACUCGCGGUGAUGAAGGCAUUGUGUUCCGAUACUGGAAUAGCGUUCUUUCCCACACGCAGGCCGAGGACCUUGCGCACGUGAUGUCCGACGUACUCAGCGACAUCAUUGAUCACAACGAGGAGGCUCUGUCGCAUUUACGAGUGUCACGAGAUUCAUCUCUACCUACCCACGCCGAUUCAUCCAUGGAAGACGACUGGACAUUCCAGCACGGCCAUAUGCGCCGCGCUGUCUCGACUCCCGCCUCGACAGUCAGCUACUCAACAGGCCCUGGUCCCACCAUCUUCUCACCAUCAGCCUCCUGGGGUACCCUGGCCAAGGAUCGAUUCCAUGAGAAGCUAUCAUCGUUGUGGAGAGAUCAUCUUGACGUUGAGACGACUGAUAUCACAUACGAGGCAAGCUUCUUUGAACAAGGCGGUGACUCUAUCAUCGCCAUGGCCAUGGUCGGCGACGCCAGAGACAAGAAUCUCCCUCUCACGGUAGCCGACAUCUUCAAGAACCCAACAUUCAGCUCUAUGCUUAAGGUUCUGAGAGACAAAUCAUACAAAGACAACGACAUGGCAUCUACCGACGGUGACACUUCCCUAGUGGACUCCAAGAACGAUGGUGUCGUCGCCGAGUAUGUCUACAAACCACUGUCUCUUCUAGGACAGCAGGACCCUGAAAGGUUCGUUCGUGACAUUGUGUGCCCUCUCGUUGGCAUUUCUCGGGCCACUAUCAUUGAUGUUCUCCCCACAACCGACUUCCAAGCCCAAGCCGUUGAAGGAAGCCUGUUGGACUCACGAUGGAUGCUGAAUUACUUUUACCUCGAUGGAUGUGGACAUUUGGACGUUGAUCUUCUACGGGAGAGUAUCACAAACAUCACUGCUGCAUUCGAUAUCCUCCGCACUGUCUUCGUGCCCUAUCAGGCGACCUACCUUCAAGUUAUCCUCCGUCACUUACAGCCUGAUAUCACCAUCCACGACGUUGAUGAUAUCGAGCAGUUCACUUCUGAGCUUGAGUCAAACCAUCUUCAGCAACCUGCACUCCCCGAACGUCCCUCUCUUCGCUUCGUUAUUGCACGACAUAACAGGUCCCAAAGACAUAGGAUCUUCAUCAGAUUAUCACACGCUCUGUACGAUGGUGUUUGUUUCCCAACUAUUCUCAAUGCCUUGAAGGCGUCUUACGAGGGAGACGUUAUCGUCACCACACCAUCAUAUGCGACAUAUAUCUGCGGUGUGAGGGGCAGGACCAGGUCCGAACAAUACACAUACUGGCGAUCUCUCCUCAAACACUCCACUCCGACAGACAUCAUCCCUCGACAAACGAGUGUAAUGCGCACAUUCCCUACUCAAGUCCUUAAGAGAGUUGUAACUACAGCCUCUCUGGCGGCUUACGGCAUCACCACCGCUACCGUCAUCAAAGCAGCCUGGUCUACAGUCCUUGCCAAAGCCACUGGAAAAACAGACGUUGUUUUUGGGCAUCUCAUCAACGGACGCAACGCACAUCACGUUCCUGGUAUCGAAGCUAUCGUCGGUCCUUGCCUGAAUGUAGUUCCCGUCCGUGUCCCGUUCCAAGACUCUUGGACGGUGCUCGAUCUUCUUCGCCAUAUCCAGCAUCAACAAGUGGACACCAUGCCAUAUGAAUCACUUGGCUUCAGGGAUAUCAUCAGGAACUGCACUGAUUGGAAUGACGAUGGAGCAAUGGGCUUUCCUACCAUGGUUCAGCAUCAGAGCAUGGCUCAAACUGAUAGUCUAUCCAUUGGAGAUAACACGUAUAAUGUGGGCGUGAUUGCUUCGCAGGAGGAUACUGCCGACUUUAGCGUCGUCACUACACCGCAAGGCUCAGACAGUACUGAAGUCUGUUUCUUGUACCCCGCGGGUGGACAUGUGGGCAAGGACUUUGCUGAGCAAUUGUUUGAUGCUCUUUGUGAUAGCAUUACGGAUUUCUCGAAGAACGUGGAUGUUCCUCUUGUAUUCUAA